CAAGGCCGACGAGGGUGUUAGAGUUUGUGCUAAAGUUUCACGGAGCUCAUGGUGAAAUGAUCUAGCAGUACAUUUACUCCUUCGUUCUCACCAUUGUGCGCACACGCCUUUGCUCCUAGAGUUGUAUCGCUCCACGCUGUUCCUGAGGUAUUCGGUUGGUUUCAAAGAGGGAGGAGGCGCUUUGACGCACUGAUGAACUUUGUUUAUGUUUUAUUGUAGGAUAAGCGGUUGACCCUCCAGUUUACAUUUCCUAGCGGUGCCCUUGAAACAAAACCAAUCUACUGAGCUGCUGGAUUAAGCAACUAAUUUUGGCACGAUGGGGGAUGUUGUAUCAAGCCAUCUUGAUGAGGGUAAACGGGAAAUUAUUACAGCACGGACGGGCACGGUGCUGGGUGAGUUCAGCCACCUCUAUGAGAAGCAGUACGUUGUGGCCCUCUUCAACAAGGUGCGCUACGAUGUGGAGGGGGGAGGCGGGCCCCAGCCUCAGCUACUGCGUCGCAAGGUGCCGCUUGCCAACAAGUCCAUCUUCUCUGGAACACUUUUCCAGUAUUUGGAGGAAAACAAAAAGUGGCGUAAUCGUUUCCUCUUCAUUCCUGACUCCUACAACAUCAGCUACUAUGAGAGCAAACAGGCACAUAACCGAGGUCUACAGCCAAAAGGAACUAUCAACUGUGCAGGCUAUAGGGUGCUAAUCUCCAUGGAGAGCUAUCUGGAGCUGCUGAACUCCAGUCUUCCUGAUGUGAAGGCAAAAGUGGGCAGCUCCCCCUUCCUGAAGUGUGCCACGCAGUUCCCUCUAAUCUUGUGGCAUCCUUACGCAUGCCACCACUAUUUCUGCGUAGGUUCUGCGGAGGAGCAGCAGAAGUGGAACGCUGUCUUUCAGGACUGCAUCCGGCACACAAACAACGGACUGUCAGAGGAGUGCAAGGUGCAGACUCCAGCCUUUACGGAUGCUGUACGUCUUUAUCGGCAGGCUCGCAACCAAUAUGGAACCUGGGACAUGAUGUGUGGGCUUCCACCCCAGAUCUUGGCUAACUUGGUUAUGGAAACUCUGCUGUCAGAGCUGAGAGAUUUGAUCAGCCCUCGACUGAAGGGCAAAUUGCAUGAUAGACAAAGGAGCUGGAUCCUGAUCUCGGACGCAGUGUACAGUUUGGUUCAGAGCCAAGCCCAGUCGCAGUACGAAGCAAUCGUGCAGAGGUGUGAGGCAGGGCGCCCCCCUCUGGAAGCCUCCAUCCGCACUGAUAUGGACCAGAUUAUUACCUCCAAGGAGCACGUUGGCAGUAAAAUCAGAGCUCUGGUGCACCCGAAGGCAGAGAAGCUCCUGAAGGUGAGCAUCGAGCCCUACAUCACCUCAAUCCUGGAGGCCCUCAUGGAGCCCACCAGCCGAGGGUUCUUUGAAGUGCGGGACAUCUUCUUCAGGGAGCUGGUGAACAUGAGCAAGAACCUCUUGAACGGCGGCAGCAAGGAGAAGCUGGGGGAGUACAUGGAGAAGAUCUCCAUGCUGGCAUUCCACCCGGUGAAGAUGCAGCCCUGCUACGAGAAGGUGGAGCAGCUUCAGCUGGAGGGCCUGCAGCAGAGAUUUGAUGUCACCAGCCCAUCCGUGUUCGUCCAGAGGGCCCAGAUCCUCAUGAGAGAGCAAAUGGACGAUGCGGUGUACACGUUUGAGCAGCUCCUCCAUCAGAGCCUGGAGGCCCAGGAGGGGAAGGAGGACCUGUGCAAAGCCAUCCAGGGCUGCCAGGACCGCGUCAUCAAGAAAUUUGACUAUGACAGCAGCACCGUGCGCAAGAGGUUCUUCAGAGAGGCCCUCCUGCAGAUCUUUAUUCCCUAUAUGCUGAAGCAGCUGUCGCCGUCCUGCUCCGUGGACUUUCCCCAUUUCCAAGAGCUGAUCUUCGAAGACUUCUCCCGCUUCAUCCUCGUUGAGAACAUCUUUGAAGAGGUGGUGCUUCAGACAGUCAUGAAGGACAUUAUGUUAGCGGUGAAAGAGGCUGCCGUGCAGAGGAGGCACAACCUCUACCGGGACAGCAUCGUGCUGACCAACAGCGACCCCAACCUGCACCUACUGGGGGAGAAUCCUCCUAUCGACUGGGCAGGGGAGUACGGAGGCGGGCAGCAGGAGGUGGAUGGGGAGCAGGGGAAUGAGCAUGAAGAUGCAGAGACCCGGAGGAGGUGUAGGAUGAAACAGGUGGUCUCCAUGAUCCAGGAGGAUGGAGCCACACCAGCGCUGCCCGAGUCCUGCCUGGAGGUGCCAGGGGUGGAUGACAUUCCUGAAGAGGAGGGCGAGGGCAGUCCGCUCGCUCCGCCCACGCCUUCAUCUGAAAAGGAAGCCAUCACCAAAGAGGAAGUCAAUGGGCCACCACCUAAGGAGGCCCCACCUACUAUACCCAAUGGGACCACACUCAAUAAAGAAAAAACCACAAAUCCCAGCACACAGGAGGCUGUGCCCAUGUCUCCACAGGACUCGGAGAGUAAACUGGCCAUAGAGUGUGCCAUCCAGGAGAUCGAGGAUGCGGUGCAAGAGGCUGACGGUGAGCAGGGUGGAGAGGGUGGCACCCUGGAGAUGAUCGAAGUUGCACCUCCUCCAAAAAUGGAGGACGCCUCCUUUCCAAUGGAGCAUAGUGGAACCAUAAGCAACAAGGAGGUGCAGCCUGCCCCCGGAAGUCAAAGAGAGGUACAGAUGGAGGCAGUAUCCAUCCAGGAGGAUGAGGGAGUACUCCCGGGCCCAGAGGAGGCCCAGCCACCUGCAAAAGCAGAGGAGGAACUUGCAAAAGAAGAACACAGGCACGAAACUGCAGCAAAUGCUUCAGACUCGUGCUCAGAACUCCAACCAACAGCUGCCCACUGCAGCGUGCCUCACCACGACGACAGUGGCUUUCAGUCACCGGCCAAUGAGGUGGCUGAGGAGGAGGCGCUGCAGGCGGCCAUGGCAACAACAAAGAUAGGCGAGGAGAAACAAAAUGACUGUGAAACAGGACAGGAGCAUGCUGGUAAAGAAGACACACCAAAAGCACAAACUCAGAUAACUAAUGAAAACAACUAAAAUACCAGAAUUCCGUAUUUUAUAAGUACACUUUUUAGCCCUAUAAACUUCUAGGCUAAAGUGAUUAGUUUGACAGAGAAGGUUUUUAAGGUGGUUUGUUUGUUUACACACAGUCUCACUUAGACAGUUGAGUCCUUUUUGCCUUCAUAUAUCUUUUUGAAUAUCUGACUUUACCAUUUCACUUUUUGGCACAUAUUACAAGGAAAGCUCUGUCCUAAGUAAUAACUUUUGUGCAUAAUAUCGUUCUCCAUAUCACUUCUAUUCAUUUCAAUUUUUUUAUAGUUAUUUACAGAUUGUGCAAAAUGCUGCAGAACUGUUGAAUUUGACAAUAAGACUGCCUAAAGCUCUAUAACUGACUCCAUGCUGGUGUAUUUCCUCAUUCCUAAUGUGCGUGGGUUUUUUUUUUUUUUUUUUUUUUUUUUUUUUCUUCCCCUCCACUCAGUUUUUGAGUCGGAUGUUUUUCUCUUGCUUGAAUUCAAACUGAAAACACUGAAUAUUUUUCCUGUUCAUUUUGUAUUGCUUUAUUUUUGUUUGGCCUGUUAUUUUGUAAAAUACACAGAUAUUUUCCUUCUUAUAACAGUCAAUGGAAAUGUUUCUUCUUCUUUUUUUUUUUUCUUUUUUUUUAAUAGUAAUCUUUCAUUAUAACCAACCUAUGUUUGUCUCUUCUGAAGUCACUCUAGGAACACAACCAACACCUGUCUGUUAUGUGUUUGGUGGUCAUACAAAAAUCAUUUUUAUGAAGUUGUCCUGACUUGAUGCAGCCAAAAAAGCCUAAUCAUGUUGUUAGUCACAAUGCUCAUGUGUCCGGUGAGAAAUAUUAGGCGACUCCCCUGUUAUGUGUAGUGGUGAAUGUGUGUUUGCUGUGUGUCUUGUGAGGUCAUGUGUGCAGAGCAGAUCUCCAGUCUCUGAAGCCAGACGAACAGGAGGGUUUUGAGUUUAAGGGCAAUAGCGUAGUUGGUUCACUGAGGUGUCAGCCAUCGUAGUAGAGAAACCUGCAGCUGUUUUCGGGGGGGUUGUCAUUUCAGUUUGAAAUUAAUCUGAAUGAUUUAUGUUCAAAUAUAAUGUUCAAACUAAGUUAAAUUGGACUUAAAUUGGACUUAAAUUUCAUUCAGCCUAACUGAAUGAAUUGGACAUUUUAACAUUUAUUUUUAUUCUGUUGCUUAAUCCUCUCCUGAAUAUAUAGUUUUAUUUAUUACCUGGUGCACUUCGUUACUUUCAAAAUUAUUGAUAAUAAAUCGAUUAGAUUUGUCACUUACAUUUUCAAGUCGUUGUUGUCAGUUACAGGCCAGCAUACAGUACGAGUGCUACACAUUAGUACUACGCUGACUUUCUGUUUCUUUCACAUUGCCACCAGAGGGCAGUAGAACCCCCAGUUCACCGUCCGUAUAGAUCGUUGGACGCGGAUGUUGGGGCCGAAAUAUUAGGGUAAUUUAUAGGAACAGCUUUUAAAUUAGACUACCCUACUGAGAUAUAGCCCUACGGAACCUUACAUAAAUCUCUACUGAGACUUAUUUACGACAACACUCAACUGUUUGUGUUUGAUCUGAAUGCUUUAUUUAUUGAUAUUACUUUCAGCAUAAAAUUAAUGGGUCACAAGGAAUUAAUACCUGCACUAUUAUAUCUUUUUAAACAAGAAUUUUCCAGAAUUUCUACUCAUGAUUAUAAAAUUUGCCGGCACAAAUAAAAUUAGUGAAAAAUAA